AAAGAACGCAGGACUCGUGGACUUGGGAGGAGAUUCUGGACGGCGAAGGACCCUGGGCACAGCCAGGGGAAUAUCGCCGCCCCAAAGCAGAGCUGGAGGCAGCGAAAGCAGAGAGGCGCCGGUGAGAGAGGGACAGAGUGAUAGAGAAGACAUCAAAACUAUGACAUAACAAAAAUGGAAUCAUGUAGUAACCAGAAAAGUGUUAAACAAAUCCAAAUAUGAAAAUAAGAAACACGAGCAAUGGACAUUAGACCAAAUCUGUCCUUUGGUCUGAGGAGUCCACAUUUGAGAUUUUUGGUUCCAACGGCCAUGUCUUUGUGAGAUGAGAGAGUAGGUGAACGGAUGAUCUCUGCAUGUGUGGUUCCCAUCGUGAAUCAUGGAGGAGGAGGUGUGGGGGUGCUUUGCUGGUGACACUGAUUUAUUUAGAAUUCAAGGCACACUUAACCAGCAUGGCUACCACAGAAUUCUACAGCGAUACGCCAUCCCAUCCGGUUUGCGCUUAGUGGGACAAUCAUUUGUUUUUCAACAGGACAAUGACCCAACACACCUCCAGGCGGUGUAAGGGCUAUUUGACCAAGAAGGAGAGUGAUGGAGUGCUGCAUCAGAUGACCUGGCCUCCAUAAUCAUCCGACCUCAACCCAAUUGAGAUGGUUUGGGAUGAGUUGGACCGCAGAGUGAAGGAAAAGCAGCCAACAAGUGCUCAGCAUAUGAGGGAACUCCUUCACAACUGUUGGAAAAGCUUUCCACUUGAAGCUUGUUGAGCAAAGUAGGCAAAGGGUGGCUACUUUUGAAGAAUCUCAAAUAUAAAUAUAUUUUGAUUGGUUUAAGAUUAGAUUUUUUAGUUACUACAUGAUUCCAAAUGUGUUAUUUCAUAGUUUUGAUGUCUUCACUAUUAUUCUGCAAUGUAGAAAAUAGUACAAAUAAAGAACCCUUGAUUGAGAAGGUGUGUCCAAACCUUUGACUGGUGCUGUACAUCAAAUACCUGAAUUCACACAAUCUUUCUCCUUCAUCCCAUUACAGCACAGUAGACAUUUUAUUUAUGUACAUUUCAGAUGCCUAUGUAUGUACUCUGCUGUGGCCUGACGCACAGGCAGGUAUUUUUGAGCACUGUAACUUAAAAAAAAAAAAAAAAAAAAACAUUUAAAAAAAGCUCCCCAAGAAAACACUACAUAUUUUUAGUAACUACUCAUAUCAUUACAAUUGUAAUAGUUUGUUCCCUUUUACAUAUGUGACUCAUGCAUCCCAGUCAGAAUAAUAUAGACUGCUGCUGGUGGAUCCAUUCCCAUUAUCCUCUUUGUGUAGGGAGAGAGAGUUCUGUUCAAACCAUAUCUGAUUGGUUUUUAACACCAGCUGCUGUGUGAGAUGGGGAAGUGUCGAGCUCAUGCCAUGUCCCCUCUUCCCCCUGUGCCUCAGCUAUGCCCUGCCAUUUUCCUCAAUUACUCAUUCAUGAAGCUCCACUGUUUGAUAUUUCAUAGGGUGCUUGCGUGGGCCUCCUUUGUGUGGUAUCGUCUGCCUAGGCUGGCUCUCUGGCGCAGUGAGAGGAAAGGAAGGGAAUUAGAACCUUGGUAGUUAGAGCUGUGUUCGCUGUCUCUCUCCUCACAGAAACACAGAAGGGAAUUAGAACCUUGGUAGUUAGAGCUGUGUUCGCUGUCUCUCUCCUCACAGAAACACCGAAGGGAACUAGCUGGGGCCAGUUCAGGAAGACUGAAAUGAUCCUUUGUGUUGAAAAUUGUAACCUCAUAAACCAACAUUUAACAAAUAUGUGAUUUUCUUUCAAUCAUGGAGUAUAUCUGUAGAGCAGAUACAUCUAUUUUGGAACAUUUCAGUCUGCUGGCUCUCUCACAGAAUGACACGCUCUCAGAAGAACUAGCUGGAACCUCUCAUUCUGACAGGCACUAAUGCUGCCGAGACAUCAAUCUGCAUUAGCUCAAGAUCAGUGCUGAGUACUAUUCACUCCUUGUAUAGUUUGUAUAUUGCCAUAAUGUAUAUUUUUGCCUUUGAACAGUGUAUGGAAUAUGUAAUGAUAAAAUUCAGCGUUCCCAGAAAUAUCACGAAUAAGUUAACACGGAAGACCUUAAUAACCUGAAAAGAAAUGUAUCUGUAUGUAUAAUAGUGAUGUACAUAUUAUGAACCAAAAUAUAAAUGCAUGUAGUGUUGGUUCUGUGUUUCAUGAGCUGAAACAAAAAAUCCCAGAAAUGUUCCAUAUGCACAAAAAGCUUGUUUCUCUCAAAUGUUGUGCACAAAUUUGUUUACAUCCCUGUUAGUGAGCAUUUCUCUUGUGUCAAGAUAAUUAAUCCACCUGACAGGUGUUGCAUAUCAAGAAGCUGAUUAAACAUGACAAUUACACAGGUGCACCUUGUGCUGGGGACAAUAAAAGGCCACUCAAAAAUGUGCAGUUUUGUCACACAACACAAUGUCACAGAUGUCUCAAGUUUUGAGGAAGCGUGCAAUUGGCAUGCUGACAGCAGAAACGUCCACCAGAGUUGUUGCCAGAGAAUGUUAAUUUCCCUACCAUGGUUGACAGUACGUCCAACCAGUCUCACAACUGCUAACCACGCCAGCCCAGGACCUCCACAUCCAGCUUCUUCACCUGCGGGAUCUUCUGAGACCAGCCACCUGGACAGCUGAUGAAACUUUGGGUUUGCACAAAUGAAGAAUCUCUGCACAAACUGUCAGAAACAGUCUCGGGGAAGCUCAUCUGCGUGUUCGUCAUCCUCACCAGGGUCCUGACUGGUGUUCGGUGUCGUAACCGACUUCAGUGGGAAAAUGCUCACCUUCGAUGGCCACUGGUACACUGGAGAAGUGUGCUCUUCAUGGAUGAGUCCCGGUUUCAAGCCUUUUUUUUGUAAGUAUCUGACCAACAGAUGCAUAUCUGUAUUUCCAGUCAUGUGACACGAGCUCCCGAGUGGUGCAGCGGUCUAAGGCACUGCAUCUCAGUGCUAGAGGUGUCACUACAGACACCCUGGUUCGAAUCGAGGCUCUCACGAUCAGCCGUGAUUGGGAGUCCCAUAGGGCGGUACACAAUUGGCCCAGCAGUGUCCGGGUUUGACCUGUGUAGGCAGUCAUUGCAAAUAAGAAUUUGUCUUAACUGACUUGCCGAGUUAGAUUUAUUUUUUAAUCCAUAGAUUAGGGCCUAAUGAAUUUAUUUCAAUUGACUGUUUUCCUUUCCAUUGUUCAUAUAAUAUAACUCAGUAAAAUCUUUGAAAUUGUUGCAUUUAUAUUUGUUAUAUUUAUUUAUGUAUAUUUAUGCAAGCCUUCCACAGUAACCCACAUGCCAUGCAUAUGUCUAUUGGUCUUGUACAUCACACUUCCUACAGUACAGCUCCUUUGAGAAGCUAAGGCUCUUUAGUUGUCAGGGGAGGGAGAAAGAAUAGGAGGCUUGAGUGUGUGACAUCGCCUACACAGAGUCUAUUUCUCGUCUCAGUGCAAGUCAGUGGUUUACAUAAACCCCAAUACCCAUUGACCCCAGUGGCACAGUGAGCGGCUGCUAUAGCUGAAUGCAUUAGGUGAAACACCUUCAUUUUAGGAGGCUUGCCAGACGAUGCAUUGAUUAUGUAAGGCCUGCAUACUGAGGUAAUGCUCAGGAGCCUUGAAGCUCCUAAUCUUGUUUAGAUUAUGUUUCGGUGAAUGUAAAGGAAAAGUGUUUUUAUUUUUUUUACCUUUAUUUAACUAGGCAAGUCAGUUAAGAACGACAGAUUUGUACCUUGUCAACUCGGGGACAUGAACUUGCAACCUUUCAGUUACUAGUCCAACGCUCUAACCACUAGGCUACCCUGCCGCCCCAGGUUGACUUAGAUCUAAUUACCACCUGUAUUUGGAACCAACAUACUUGAUUGAUCAAAGAUGAUCACGUACAUAAGUGGGUUCAUAGGACAAAUGCUUGAGCCGACUGACAUUUUUUAGAUCAUUUGCAUCUCUUCUCUGAAUGGAACCCUCUGAUCUCAUAGAAUUCUGGUUUCCCGGGGAACAAGGAAACAAAGUAUUUGAAGCAUGCAACAUUUUAGUACUUCAAGAGCUCAUAACAGAACUGUACACACAACUGUAGACGGGGGAAAUUCAAUGGACUUUGUUGUGAAGAAGAUUGAAGGUACAUUUACAGCUAAGUAAUUCAUCUGAUAGUUGAGUGGGAACAUUUAUUUGUACAGUGAAUUGUACAGUGAACAAUCUGAGCUCAUGUUGGCUUGUCAUUUAUUUGGCCCUGAAUAAACAUGAACCAUGCUCUCAAUUGCAGCAAUACUCUCCCAUCUCUCAAUAAAACAUUUAUUAUUAUUUUCUUCUCUGUUCUGAUGUAGCUUUGCUUAUUUAAAUGUGUUACACUUCAAAUUAUAUUUUUUGCUUUUUAUUAUGGCCACUGAGUGUUUCAGUAAUAUGUCUUUACAUCCUUCUCUGUCUGACUAGAGUUGGAUAUAUCCAGGUAUCACACGAAGGGCCACUAUAGGAAGCUUGGCUCGCCAAAGAAUGAUACCACAGAUGAUCUUCCUGAUAACACUAGGACUGCAGAGAGAGCCUCAAUGAGAUGGCCACCCUCCCUCACGGUUUUGAGGACAGCAGAGCCACACGUACGACAGACGCAGUCCAUCCCCACUCACCCUCCCUGCACCCCCCUGAAGCACACCCCACCUGGCCCUUACGGACAUGGAUAUCCACCACAUCCACCUCAGCCUUCAGCCAAGGAGCGGUCCAAGUCGGUGGAGCCCAGAUACGAGCCCCGCCACCUGGACUUUAACUUCCUGCGCAGAGCCUCUGCCAUAGAGCAGGUAGAGGGGGAGCUCCAGUACCGGUGUGCUGGGUGCCUGUUGCUCUAUCCCAGCCUGGCCGUGCUGCAGAACCACAUCGGCCUCAGCUGGAUGGAGGGCUUCAGCUGCCGCGUCUUCUACAGGAAGCUGAGGGAGAUCUGCAACAGGAACGAAACCAAGAAGCUCCACGAGAGGGUCCAAACAAGUAGUGUCGCUGAGAAGCAGCUGAGGCCACCAACGUGCGGGGCAGCGCUGGGCCUUGCUAGAGGGGGUAGGAGUGGAGGGCAGACAGGGCUGAAGCAGGGAGAUCCUCCUGGAGCUGCAGGAAGGAAGGACCAGGGGGCACCCAGCCACAGGUUGACUCUGGAGUCGGUGGAGACCAUAAGAAGGAACACAGCCGUUCACAAGUGGCUGAAUGAGAUUGAAUGUUACCCUGAUGUCACACAGUCACCAGAGAGAGCAUAAAAACAUCCCUCUUUUUGAUUCAUCACUUUCACUGAAUGAGAAAGACUAUUGGCAUUGAAUUAAAAACUAUUGGCAUUACAUU